CAUAUAUUUUGUAGCACAAAACCGAAUUUUAUAAAAUUAUGUUUUUUUAAGUUAAUGUAUUAAUUACAAUAUUAAUUAUAACGUUAUAAAAUGAAUUUUCAUAUUUUAAGAAUAUCAUUAUUAAUAUUACAUUUCGCUUUAUUUGUUAAAGCUUGGGGUUACAACAAAGUUAUAACACCAGAUGAGCUCGAAAGUAAUCAAAAUUCAACUCAAGUGUUUUUUGAAAAAGGACUGGAACCACAUACCGCGAAAGUAGGAUUUCGACUUAGAAACUCUGAAAACAAUGAAGUUAAUAUAUUUUUUUUAACAACAAAAAAUAGUAAACUUUCUAUUAAAUAUAAAAAGAGCGAACAUAAAUUAAUAUUUCACAUGAAUAUGGAUAUCGAGCAUAAAACAAGAGUAUGGCAAAUACAGUAUCCUGAAAUAUAUUUUGAAAUUGGAGUUUUUCAUUAUUUGGUUUAUCGUUUGGGUAAAGAAUAUUUUAAACUUUGGGUCAAUUGUGAAUUGAAGAGAAGUACCAAUAGCGAUUUGAAAACAUUUAUGAAUUUUUACGAAGAAGAAGUAUAUUCAAAUUUUGGAAAAAAUAUAUUACUAAAACAUGGUGAUGUUAGUGAUAUUGAAUAUAAUCAACAAAUAAAAUUUGUAAAACAACCAAAUCUGGGUUAUUCUUUUGAAGAUAGAAGUGCUUGUGAAUACAUUACUAAUAAAAAGUAUUCUCAAAUUAAGAUUAAUGAUAAUAAAACUGACGGAUCAUUUUAUCCACUGAACGAAUUUCAAGAUGCUCUUAAAAAGUUCAACUACCCCGAUGUAUAUUAUGAAUUAAGUAAAAGCACAAUACGUGACGUUUCAGAAUUUUUUGAAGAUGGUCUUGAUAAAGAUCAUUCAUUCGAAAUGACAUAUCGAAUAAAACAAUUUCCUCAGUCAAAUUAUUCAUAUUACUUUAUUUUGUUGAGAUCUGGAGCUGAAUCUGAACUUUCUAUUGCAUUACACGGCAAACGUAAAAUAUUGAGAAUAAAUGGCAACAUUAAUUCCAAUGAUGAACUAAUUAAUUACUCCACAGAAUAUUGGGCGGAUAAAAUUUACAAUAAUGAUUGGCAUAAAAUAAAAUAUACUAUAAAAAGUGGAAUAUUUACUUUAUGGAUAGAUAAUGAAAUAAUGGAAGAUUUUCUUGGUUACAAGGAAGUUGAUUUAAAGCGUCAAAAAUAUGAUAAUCAAUAUCUUUGGUAUGAUACCGCUUUAAUGAUUUUAGAACCCAGAUCAGGACUGCACGAAGAACCGAUUUUACAUAUUAGGAAUAUGAAAUAUUCUGGAAAUGCUAUAACAACAAAUAACACUGAGAUAUCUUUAAAUGCUGUAGAAAGCGAAAAAACAGGAUACUUCGAAUCAUUUUUUAAAGUAUUAAGUCGGACAUUCUCUUCCAUUUGAUAUUUCUGUAAAUACAAUGUAAAUACUAAUAAACUAAUGCUAUA